CGUACUUGCACUUCCUAUAUACGGUUCAAAGGUCAUAUCAUCCGCAUUUCGAAAGUAUGGCGCCUCUUAGCCAAGCAGAGAAAGACGCACUCAUUUCUAAAGUUUUAGGACAGCUUUCAGGGACACCUUAUGCUUGCUCUUCGUUGACUCACCUAACAAACGGAACUACUAACUUCGUAUUUCGUGGCAAGUUAGCCCAUCCUAUCCGUGCAGAUGGCGGGGACCAAAGUACCACUACGACCGUUAUCAUCAAACACUCGACGGAAUUUGUCGCCGUCAGUAAGGACUUUCCUAUAGAUCCGUCACGUGCUUUCUACGAAGAGUCUAUGCUCCAUGCUCUAAACAACUUCCCAUCUAGCACGACGGCCGUCAAGGCACCACGGCUCUAUCUCUUCGUCCGCAGUGUAAAUAUCCAAGUAUUGGAGGAUUUUCCUGCGGCUGUUGAUUUAAAGAAUAUCUUAGUGUCGCCAACUGCAAAUAGCAUCUUCACGACGCCGGUGGCAGCGUCCAUCGGUUACGACGUGGGAUCCUGGUUGCGUUCAUUCCAUAUAUGGACCUCUUCCCCAAAUACCGAGUUGAAGGCCAUCGGCGAUAAUGAGCCCAUGCGGAAGUUGAAAUACGCCAUCACCUAUGAUAGCUUUCUAAAUGUACUUGAAAAUAAUUUUCCCGGUCUUCUGGAAGGGCACCGGUCGACUCUAGAACAAGUCAAAGAUAGUGCGACAAACGAGUUUCAAAAGACAUCCGGAGAUGGAUAUGGGGGUGAGCACUGGGGGCUGAUACAUGGUGACUUCUGGACGGGAAAUGUCCUACUCCCAAGCAGCCCGUCGCUGAGCACUGGACAUCCGGGCGCCGCCAAACUCUUCAUUGUCGAUUGGGAAUUUGCCCAGUUCGGUCAUCGCGCAUAUGAUAUCGGACAGAUGAUCGGUGAUAUCUACGAGCGGAAACAUUUCUUCCAAACCGACGGUGCCGUGCCCGCGAUUGAGGGGUUCAUCCAAGGGUACGGAGGGCUAGGGGAUGAGCUCGCCUUCCGCACCGCCAUCCACGCGGGAGUUCAACUAAUCGGCUGGUAUACCAGACGAGCUCCAACUGCUCCUCUGCAGUUCCCCUUAGAGAAGGUUACCGAUGCGAUGAGGAUUGGGAGGGAUUGGAUUCUGAAGGGGUGGCAGAAGGACCGGGAUUAUUUCCAGAGCAGUCCCUUGGCAUCUUUGUUCAAGAGAUAAGUACCUAAUGUGAGCUUGGUUUAAGG